CUGCAGCAGGAACCAGUAUAUAAGAGUUCAGUCAGGAAGUCAACAGAGAAGGAGAAUCCAGCCUGAAGAGAGCUUCUCCUUAAGAAGAAACACCUUAAGAGCUCGGGAAAACUGCUUACAAGACGCAACCAUUGCCUGCUGAAAGUCACUGAGGAUGGAACGGUGGCUUUGGUUUCUCGUGGUGGCGGCAUAUGUUACUGCUGUGGCAUCUGCACAGUGGCAGAAGGACCCCACUCUGAAUAAGCACUGGGAGCUUUGGAAGAAAAAAUAUGGCAAAGAAUACCAAAAUGAGAAAGAGGAAGUUGCUCGCCGUAUGACUUGGGAAAAGAACUUGCAAUUUAUCACGCUGCACAACCUUGAACAUUCUCUAGGAUUGCACUCUUAUGAACUUGGCAUGAAUCAUCUUGGCGAUAUGACCAGUGAGGAGGUAACUGCUCUUCUGACCGGGCUGAAAAUUCCUGGAUCACGGAGCCAGAAUUCCACGUAUCACAGGCCAAAUCCAAGGGUCAGACUCCCUGAUUCAGUGGACUGGAGGGAUAAAGGGGCUGUCACCGAUGUGAAGUACCAGGGGUCCUGUGGUUCUUGUUGGGCCUUUAGUGCUUGCGGGGCCCUGGAAGGCCAGUUAAAGCUCAAAACCGGAAAACUGAUCUCUCUCAGUCCACAGAACCUUGUUGACUGCUCCACGAUGUAUGGAAACGAAGGAUGCCAUGGAGGCUACAUGACCAGGGCUUUCCAGUAUGUCAUAGAUAAUAAAGGUAUCGAUUCAGAUGCUUCCUACCCUUACGAAACCCAGCAAGGACCGUGCCGCUAUAAUCCUGCAGGACGAGCAGCGACGUGCUCUAGAUACGUUGAGAUUCCAUCUGGUGAUGAAGCUUCGCUGAAGGAUGCUGUUGCCAGUGUUGGCCCAGUAGCCGUUGCUAUAGAUGCAUCUCAACCAACGUUCUUUCUGUUUAAACAAGGAGUAUAUGAUGACCCGAAAUGCUCUCAGCAAAUUAAUCAUGCAGUCCUUGCAGUUGGAUAUGGAACAAUGGGUGGCCAAGACUACUGGCUUCUGAAGAACAGCUGGGGUGUCUCUUUUGGCGAUGAAGGAUACAUUCGACUUGCAAGGAACCAUGGGAAUCGCUGUGGCAUUGCGAAUAUGUGCUCUUAUCCAGUAAUUUAGAGAAUAUCUAGUUCUCAUGGCAUUUUUAAAAAUUGUAUUUUACUGGAGAAGUGGUCCAUUAGAUUUAUUUGAAUCAAACUGCUAUAUUUAAGAAGAGUGGUCUCACGGACAAGGUCUUAUUGUCAGCUCAACUUCAAAGAUCUGAGACAGGCAGCCAAAAUGAUGGUAUUUGCUAAUGAUCCCAUGAGUGUUGUGAGGCUUAAUCUGUUAAUAAUGCCUGUAGUUCUGCUUCGAACAAGGGAAGCUAUACGUAAUUCCUGAGUAUUAUCACAGUUGCCUGUCACCUCAAAUGGUGCUGAAAAUGAUCUCCAUUACCACAGUAACUUCAAGCUGCUACAUGAUUAUGGAACAAUCAAAAUAGACUAAUUGACAUGUAUAGUUGUAUGUAUAGAAUGUUUUAAUACAAGGAAAAGUGCACAAAUAAAACAGUUGUAAUCUGGAUUUUAAAGGAAUUGCAUAUGUUGCAGUGCACAAAGAAUAUUUUUCAAGGGUUUGUAUGGUUGUUGCCUUCUGAUAGCCACAAUCCUUUCUGGACAUAUGGCAGACGGUCAGGCCAAAACCCGCCCUGAGCCAUUUUUGGAAGGGCGGUAUAGAAAUCGAAUAAAUAAUAAUAAAUAAAAAUAAUCUGAUCUUCA